AUGACUUGCAAGCGUUGCAAAAAGAAGGUGUCCGACGCUGAUGCUGUCAUCUGUCGUGGUUAUUGUGGUGCUUCGUUCCAUGCAAUUUGCGUGAACGUCGACGUACCCCUUCGACAACAUUUAGGGCAAUAUCGCAAUAAUCUAUUUUGGUUAUGCGAUGGAUGUUCCCUGCUGUUUUCUAACGCGCACUUUCGUGCUUUGAUGAGUGGAUUUGACCAAAAAAUUUCUGCUCUGCCAGAUGCAGUACAAUCUAUGCAGGGAGAAAUUGAAAAGCUCAACAGCAACUUGAAAGCUCUAUCUGCCAAAGUCGACGGAAUCCCCAUCACACCUACGCCAUUCUCCUCACCAAACCCCUGGCCUGCCAUACACCGUACAAAUCGCGCUGCACAAUCGGCCAAACGUCUUCGAGAUUCCGAUGGGAAAUCAGUCAACGUAGCAGUCGAUUCCAUCAAAAUGGGUACAAAAGCAGCUACUGCAAUUCCUUCUAUUUGCCUCGAUCCUCGUCUGGAAGACGACUUUGUUUGGGUCUAUCUAUCUGCCUUCCAUCCGAAUACCACAGAAAGGCAAGUAGCGUCUUUGGUUACGGACUGUCUGGAAUUAGCUACCAACACCAAAGUUAAAGUGGUCAUACUAGUUCCUAAGGGAAAAGAUUUAAAUUCGCUCAAUUACGUGUCUUUUAAAAUUGGCUUAAACGAACGAUUCAAGGAAAAAGCACUAUCUUGCGACUCUUGGCCCGAACAUAUACGGUUUCGGCAGUUUGAAGAUAACCGUGCAAAAAACUUACCGAGAGUUGUCAGUAUAACCUCUGUGGAUCACCCGGAAACGGCAACUCUACCAACCUUGAGCUUGGCGAACAUGGACGUGCAGGAAUUUCGAGACUGCCAGGACGCACGCAACGAUGCAUGA